GACGUUGCUAUGGUAACCACAACACGCCAUUCAACCAGAGAGAAAUCUGUGAUUGAGUUUCGCUAACAAUAACUGUUAGCUGUGUAACGCUGUUUAAGCUGUUCAUGGCGUAUGUUUUUUAUAGUUUUAUAUGACAAAGGGACGAGUCUUGAAGACGUGUGCGAGGAGUAAAGAUAUUCAAAAUGAAUCUAUCUGAGGAGCAGCAGGAUAACAGGAAUCCCAAUAGAGGAGAAGUGGAGGUGGAAGAACAAGAGGAGGAGGAGAAGGGAAUGGAGGACACCCCUCUAGUGGCCCUUGCACCUGAUGCAGCACUCCCAGAGGAGCAACCCUUUGCUAGUACUGCUAGUCCUGCUUUCCAGUGCCUAGAUGAGUUGCUAUCAUUGGGCAAAAUCAGCCAGACCAAAGUAGCCAAACUGAAAUCCAGCUACAGGCUACUCCAUGAUACUCUGAAGAGUACCCAGGAUUCUGAGAUCCACCUUUUGGGAGAGGCAAAGAGGUGUCGUGCUGAGUUGGAGAGGCUGCAGGAUGAGCUGGAGAGAACAGAGGAGCAGAGCAACUCUGAGGAGCCUGAGACUGAGGUCAAUGAACUGAGGCAAAAGCUCCACCAGGCAUACAAUGAACUAAAAGCUACUGAGGACAGAGAGUACAAGACACAGCACAAACUGAAAUGUCUGCGGGAAGAGAAGCAGUAUCUGGAGAAAGAGAAUGAGAUUCAGCCGAAACCUGCUGAGCUGGAGAGCAGAACAAAGGCCCUGCAGGACAAAUAUGAAGAUCUGAGGAAAGAGGUUUCCCAGAGACAACUGGAAGUCAGAAGUCUGACAGAAGAUGUGGAAACCCAUGAAACGCAGAUAUUGAAAGAACAGAAAGAGCUGGAGGACAUGAUGGAGAUCAUAGAGCUCAAAGAGGCUGAGAAAGCCCAGCUCAUCAGCAUCCCUGACCAGGUUUUAAAGGAGAUUGAAAGGAAACGCUCGAAGAGGGAAUCUGCAAUGAAGAAGAUAGAAUCAUUAAAUACAGAUAUUUCAGAAAUGGAGCAGCAAGUGAAGGAGGUGGACGAGCGUAACCACUCCCUGAGGUCGAAGAAAAAGGACUUGAAUGAGGAGAUGGAGGGCCUCAGGGCCCAAGUAGAUGCUAGUCAGAGGGAGUGCAGACAGCUGCUAAAAGAGCAGGAGGUCAACAGGGAGGAGGAGGCUGAAUUCAUGGGGAACAGAGGUAUCCUGGAAAUGAAGUUGCAGAACAUUAUGUUCGACAGGAAGCACCUGUAUGAGAGCCAAUCUGUGCAGCUCAGGGAGAAAAAUAGGCAGAUGCAAGCCCUCAAGAGGAUGGAGCAUGCGUUGACCAUGGCCACUGAGCAGCUAGAGCACACGCAAUCUAUCUACAAUGAGUUACGGGCACAGUUGGAUGCUGUUCCCAAACAAGAGGCCAGUAUUCAGCAGAGGAUGGAGCUUCAGAAAGAGGUGGAUGCUCUCAAAGUCGGUUUCGAAAAGCAGCUAUCAGUUUCUGAGGAGGAGAGCCAGAAGAUGCAGCAGUAUGGGAUGAUUCAGGAGCUGCUGAGGGAGUCAAAUUGCCUCCGAGAAGAACUCCAUAACCUCAGAUGUCUGACACGGAUCAAAGUGGAGGAGAGGGGCCAGAAGCACCAUGAACUGCUGAGGGCUGAGCAGCUGAACCAGCAAAUCCAGCUUGAGCUGCGAGAAAAAGACCUGAUCAUCAUGGACCACAACAAGCUGAAUGCUAUGCUACAGCGCAGAGUUUUACAGUACUGUAGGCUGUGCAACAUGAUUACGGAAGAGAAGAAAAAGUACGUCAAACUGAAGCAGAUCGCCUCACAGACAAUCACAGAGCUGACAGAGCAGGUUAAAGUGCUUGAAAAUGAGACAGAGAUCCAACGUACCAUUGUCAUCAACAAGGACCGCUCAGUCACAAUGGCUCGUAUGAAGAUCUCUAAUAGCUCCAAAAUAAGGGACAAACUGCGCAAUGACAUCUCCAAGGUUGCCUGGAAGCACCAUCAGAUAUCUCAGGAGUAUGAGGAAAACAAACUGGAGUUGAUGAAACUCACACAAAUGAUCAACCUCCAGGAACAGGCACUUCUAGAAAUAAACAAGAAUCACGAAACGGCCAUACAGCGCCGCAAUUUUCUUGGCAUCCAGCUCCUGGAGCACGAGGAGGUUUUAUUCAACUACUAUGAAAAGGUGAACAUCCAGGAGGCAGCCAUUACUAAGGGCAACAUGACACUGGAGGCCCUGGACAAGGACAUGAGAGACUUUCAUUUAGAGAUUAAUGAGGAGAAAAGACAGAUAGACCUGAAGAAGAAGGUACUGCCCCUCAAGAACAAGUUGGAGGGAGAGAUCACCAUGCUGCAGAUAGAGUUGUCAGAAGCCAGGGACGAAACCCUUGAAGGUCUGAAUCGAACAGUUGAUUACAAAGUGCUAAAAGGCAAAGACCCCUCAACUGUCGAACUGGUCAAGAAGAUUGAGCAGCUGGAGUUGAAUCUGGCAGAGAGGGAGAGGCAGUCACUGGAAAAAGAACUCCUCGUGGACCAGGUGACCCGGCUCUCCAAGCCACUCGCCCAGCAGGCUGAGAACUGCCAGCAGGACCGACUCUCACUGGCAAAGAAGUUAAACGAGGUGCGAGCUCACAUAAUGGACAACAACCACCGCAUGAUGGCCGUCUCUGCAGAACUUUCCAUGAAGCAAGCUGCUGCUUUGUCUCUCCAACAAGAGAUCAGAGAGAAAGAGCUCCAGAUGGACAGGUGCCAGCGGCUGCUGGAACAGGACCUGCCACCAUACCCAGAGAUAGAGAAGGAGUGGAGGAGGAUGCUCCGAGACAAGAAGAGGAGACAGAGGGACAAAGAGGAGAGAGAGAGGCUGGCUGAAGAAGAGGAGUGGAACCAGUUGCCUAAUGGAGAGUACACCUCAGCUGAAACCCGUCCCAACGCGUACAUCCCCCAGACCGAUUCGCUCCCUCUGCCUAAACCCUACGGAGCCCAGGCCCCCUUUAAACCCUCCCAACCAGGAGCCAACAUGAGACACAUCCGCAAACCAACGCUCAAACCCUUAGAGAUAUAAAAAACAAUACACAUGUAGUCAUAAACCUAUAGGUGGUGAUUUGGCUCAUUUCUAUCACACACUUAUUGAUCCAUUUGCCUCCUCCUCCCUGCUUCUGUGUAUGUGUCUCCUCGGUGUCCAGCAUACCACUGCUGUUUUGUCAUGUGGAAGCGUACUUGUGGACUGCAUCUGGUUGUAAUUUUCUUAUUUUUCUUUUUAGAGUUACUGGCAAGACCUUGUUUACAGUCUUGUUUGCAGGAAUACCAAAUACUGUAGGAGAGUGGAAGGGAAGACAUUUGGGAGAUGAGAUGUGUGUGUAUUGUUACAUCAUGUCCACCAAUAAAAAUAUUUGUAUGUA